UUCAACUUACUCUCUGAUUUUUCAUUUUUUACGUGCAAUAAUAAUAAUAAUAAUAAUUGUACGAUGCCGCAAGAUGUUCAGAAGAAUUUCAGUAACUUUUCUAGCAGUUGUUAUUAUUACCCCAGCACUGAAGGCGAAAUGUUGCAUUACGGACCUUCGGCUGUCGUAUUACGUAAUGGUGUCGUAAUGCCCAUUCUAGGGCUAGGUACUUCUCAUAGCGGAGGAUACUCUCAUUCGGCAGUAUUGCACGCUUUGAAAGACUGUGGAUAUCGUUUGAUUGACACAGCAAAACGCUACGGUUUAGAGAGAUACUUGAGCGAGGUUAUAAAAGAUAGUGAGGUCGAUCGGGAUGCCCUUUUUCUUAGCUCUAAACUAUGGCCGAGCGAUUAUGGAGGUGUUUCUGCAAGACAAGCAUUCUUCGGUUCUUUGCAUAGACUUAACACUGAAUACCUCGACCUGUUUAUGCUCCAUUGGCCUGAAUGUCCCUCAUCGUGCACAAACAAACGUCAGACCUUGGAGGACACCUGGAGAGCCUUAGAAAUAAUUUUUGAUGAAGGAUUUUGCAAUGCCAUCGGUGUCAGUAACUACGAUGUUCAUCAUUUAGAGGAUUUAAUGGAAACAUGUUCGGUCGUUCCUCACGUAAACCAGGUUGAAUUCCAUCCAUUUCAGAAUCCGAAAACUCUCCGAAAUGUUUGUGCAGAUCUUGGGAUCCAAGUUCAUGGUUACAGCCCGUUGGCGAAGGGUCAGAUCCUAGAUGAGAGAACCAUUGUUGAGGUUGCAAGGCGAAACAACAAGACAGCAGCCCAGGUGCUGAUUCGCUGGUCAAUCCAAAACAAUGUUGUUACAAUUCCGAAGUCUACCAAAGAACACAGGAUACGAGAAAACGCCAAUGUCUUUGAUUUUCAACUUUCAUCGUCGGACAUGGAACUUCUUGAUAAUCUUCAUAAUGGAAAGAAAGUGGUUACGCCUGGCCGAAUGACUUGUGUGCCGGAUCGCGAAUCGGAAGGUCCAAGGUUUGCACUGCGAUGCCACAGAAAACGCUCUAAAUCUUCAAAUGUGGGAAUAUUAUAAAUAUAACAAUUGGUUUUCUUAUUUCAUUCAAAACCAGACAAGGGGUUCUGCUGAUUGGUUAACUUUUCCUUGGACAGUAGUUCUAAAUUAGAGGUUUGUGACCUGGCAGUUUAGUCUAUGUGUCACAUAAGAUGAUGCUUAUUAAUCUAAUAGUUCAAAUUCAAUUUAUAAUAAUGCUCUCCUUCGAAAGAAAAACAUUGUUAAUCAGAUCACUAAUACAUGAUUGUCAGA